AUGACCCUAAUCCUCAGUCCUAGUGAGAAAUCCUACUUCCUCAAACGACCCGAGCGGCGGGGAACACACACCACCGGAGGCCGGGUGGGCAGCCGAGGCACCAAGGCUGACCACAGGCGGCUCUUCCCGCCGGCGCCGCGGGCCGGGAUGCGGGUGGGCAAGAACUGCAGGCCCGGGUACAGAGAGAAUCCGCCUUCCAAGUGCUUCAUGGAGCACAAGGGCCGGCUGCCGGGUCCCACCUCCCUGGACAGCCGGCGGUGGAGAUUCGUGAGAACGGGACAGGAUGACUUCAGGAGAAGCUGCCCGCCUUGUGAUGGUCUGACCGCUCUGGGCCCCAGGGAGGGCUUUCUCCCCCAAAUUGAUCACAGAGAUCCCCAACCUGCCCCUAAGAAGAGGCAUGCAGCCCUGUGUUCCAAGCUCUCACCGGCCCAGCAGGCACGGAAGGCAUUCCUGGCAGACAUUGAGGCCCAGCUGACCCUGCACCCCUUGGCUCUUUACCCGGACCUGGAAGAAGACAUGCCCACCGAGCUCUUAUUAAAGGUGCUGGAAGUUCUGGAUCCUCACAAGAAGCUGGAAGACACAUGGGCUUAUUGUCAGGGCAUCAGGAAAAAAAUGAAAAAACCCACAAAACCUUUUAAAAAACAUUCGACCCAAGUCUACUUGGGACUUCCCAAGAAGACUCCUGUGUCACAUCCAUGCCAAUGGCUUUAUGAAAAAAGGAAGCCAAGUGAAACAGGUUUGCUCCAAAAGGAUGGUCUGCUUCUUCACAAAAACAUACGCCAAGGAGUUAGCGACUUCUGCAACUGGGCUGCUGCCUUUGGGAGCCUGAACAUUGAUGAGGAGUUUAUCCUGAGACAGUUUGACAUUAACUAUCAGAGCAAACCAUGCUAUAAUGUGCUCCACACAAUGAGACCCAGCCAGGUUCCUCUGGAGCUAAAGAAAAGGAGUGGGCUAAAUAAACUGCAGGAACCACAGUUUUUCCAGAAACUAGACUGUGAGCAGAGACUUCGGAAGCCACAGAAACCUCAUAAACCAAAGUGGGUGAAGAUGAGAUAUGGAGCAUGGUAUCUGAACCCCAACUUGUGGAAAAAGCAAAGAGCUGAUGAACCUUUGGUUGACCCCAAGGUCUUAUGUAUAGCUCAAGAUGAGAAUUUUGAAAAGGAGAUACAGAAGCAGGAGGAGUUACUUGCAGACCUUCAUGGAACUAUUGCCUUUAAGGAUUUUAUUCUGAGCAAGGGCUGCAGGAUGCCGAGUUUCCUUGAGAAGAUGUAUAUGAAGAAGGAACGUAAACGUGAGUGUAACCAGAGUCCUAUAAAAUAA